AUAUCUCAUUCCCCACACGCAACAGAACAAUCUCAUCUGCUCUCUCAAUUUCUUUCCUUAUCUCUUCUCUAUUCGAGCUCCCGCAGAAUGGCACGCCCUGGGUGCUUGCUUAUAUGCGCGUUUGUUCUUCUAGCUUCAUCAUUUUCUUUUGCUGCAGUAGUGGAACACACCUUUACUGUGCAAAACCUGACUGUAACGCGGCUGUGCAAUCAGCGGAUGAUUACCGCGGUAAAUAACAAGCUUCCCGGUCCAACCCUCGAUGUUCAUGAAGGCGACACUGUUAUUGUUCAUGUCAUUAACAAUUCACCCUACAACCUCACCAUUCAUUGUUACACCAAUCCCUACGUCACCGACGUGGUUGUGAUUGCCCCUGGCCAGACUGUCGACGUUUUGUUACGCGCCGACCAGCCGGUGGGAUCUUACUACAUGGCAGCUACACCAUACGCUAGUGCAGCCGGAGCGUCGUUCGACAACACCACGACGAGGGGCAUAAUCGUCUACGACGGCGCCGCUUCCACCGCAACCCCCCAAAUGCUGGCCCUCCCUGCCUUCAACGACACCCCCACGGCCCACAAGUUCUACACUAACAUAACUGGAUUGGUAGGUGGGCCUAACUGGGUCCCUGUCCCAACCAAGGUGGACAAGCGUAUGUUCGUAACCAUGGGAUUGGCCUUGGAAGCCUGCCCAGAAAACACCACGUGUCAAUUCAUCAACGACACUAAAUUCUCUGCGAGCAUGAACAAUGCCUCCUUCGAGUUCCCCACCACCCUGUCUAUGCUUCAGGCGUUCUUUUUCAAUGUUUCCGGUAUUUACACCACCGAUUUCCCGAGCAGACCACCGCUCAAGUUCGACUACACAAACUCUAACAUCAGCCUCGACGCUUCCUUGUUGUUCGCGCCAAAAUCAACCAAGGUCACGAAGCUCCAGUACAAUACCACGGUGGAGUUGAUCUUCCAGGACACCUCCCUUAUCGGCGUCGAGAACCAUCCCAUGCACAUCCACGGCUUUAACUUCCACGUCCUGGCUCAAGGAUUUGGAAACUAUGACCCUUCCAAACAUCAGAAGUUGUUCAAUCUCGUCAACCCACAGAUAAGGAACACCAUCGCCGUGCCGGUCGGAGGAUGGGCCGUCAUCAGAUUUACAGCAAAUAAUCCAGGGGUUUGGCUCACGCACUGUCACCUAGACGCGCACAUUUCUGUGGGACUGGCCACCGCUUUCGUGGUGGAGAAUGGGCCAACGCCGUCGACGACCUUGCCUCCACCACCUGCUGAUCUACCACAAUGUUAGACUUAACUUCAUUGUCUACUGCAUGACAAUAGUUAAUGAAUCUCCUCAGAUGAUAUAUGGUACUUUCAUAUACUAUUUAUUCAGUCUGUAAAAGCUUGCCAUUUCACAUCCAUUGAUUCGUUGAAUUGAAAUAAUAAAUUGUUUGUGUAUUCCAUUUAAUCAUAUUGUAAAAGAAUAAAAGUUCAUAUCCAUU